AUGAGUGGGCUUCAAAUAAAUACAGAUGUUUAUGAAGGCACAGUUAAAAUUGGAAUUGCUGAAGUUACAGGGGAUAACUUGGCCUUGAAUGGUAUCUGUGGUUUCAUAGAAAGUUUUAUAAGACAUCAAUUAAGUAGGAACUGUAAAAUGCACAUUGAUGAAAUGCGCCGUGCGACAACAUCAAAUGCCCAGUUGUCUCGUAGUUAUGUCAACUACUGUGACGAUUUAGAUCUGAACAAUCCUAUGUCAACCGGGAUUAACGAUCCUUGUCUUCUCAACAAUGUGGAGCAUGUUCAUGUCUCAACUAACUAUGUUCCAGACAUUAUGCAUGAUUUAUUGGAAGGAGUUUGA